UUGGUGUCAUGCCCCUGCUAAUUUCGCAAUUUCUAGGCAUUUAUCGGUGAAAAUUGAUGGAAACAUCGAAGAUAGUUUCCACAAGCCCUGUGGAUUGUUCACGUAAUGACGACCGACUAGCCGUUUGAUAAAGUAAAAGGCGUGACGGCAACACUAUGUAUAUCCAUGACGUAAUGGCUUGAAAUACGUGAGCCACUGGAGCGGUGGAGCGACCAUUUUGAAUUCCAACGCGUCCGAACGUUAGAGUAAAAAGUAGUGCGGUGUUUUUUGCAAAAUUUUCGGCUAAUUGCGGGUUGAUUUGGGUUUUUCUGACUAAAAUUCUUUCAACGAGCAUCACGCAGUUGUUGGGGCGGAGGGCAAAUUAUCGGAAAGUUCGUGAGUGAUUAAUUGAAAAACGCAAUUAAAGGCGGAAAAGCAGGUUAUGUUGUUGGUGCCAGAAGUUUGGCAGUUGUCGUGUCGAUCAGUCUUCGUUAGUGUUGUUUAUAUGGUGUGUGGCCCAUCCCAGCUCGUCUGUGUAUGUGUGUGCCGUGUCCAUAAUCAAUUCCCCAGUUAACUCAUUACAUGGAUUACUUCUUCUGUUGAUAAGAACAUUAGGCGACCAUGCCCGAAGAGAAGAAAAUGACUAUUGAUAGUGAAGCUUCGCCAGCUAAAAAGGACGUUAAAAGCGGCAAAAAUGGUCUAUUCGAGUGGACCGAAAUCACCAUGCUUGAUGGGUCAGUUCUGACUUUGAAUAUCGAUAGAAAAGCGAAAGGCAGAGACCUGCUGGAUAAAGUAUGCGAGGCGAUCAACCUGAUCGAAAAAGACUACUUUGGCUUGGUAUACGCCGACCGGUACGACCCAAGAAAUUGGCUAGAACUGGACAAGAGAAUAGCCAAGUUCAUGAAAAAUGAACCUUGGAAGUUCAGUUUCGAAGUGAAAUUCUAUCCGCCCGAUCCUGCUCAGCUACAGGAAGACAUAACUAGAUACCAACUUUGCCUCCAAAUCCGUAACGACAUUCUCAAUUCGCGGUUGCCUUGCUCCUUCGUGACGCACGCUCUAUUGGGCUCUUAUUUGGCCCAAUCGGAGCUGGGCGACUAUGAUCCAGAAACGAUGCCCCGCAACUAUCUCAAAGACUUCAAGAUUGCGCCCAGUCAGAACCAAGACCUGGAGGAUAAAGUCUGCGAAUUGCACAAAACGCACAAAGGACAAACUCCGGCCGAAGCCGAGCUUCAUUACUUGGAAAACGGGAAAAAGCUCGCCAUGUAUGGCGUGGACCUUCAUUCUGCUAAAGACUCGGAAGGCGUGGACAUUAUGCUGGGAGUUUGUGCUUCCGGCCUGUUGGUUUAUCGCGACAGGUUGCGCAUCAACCGGUUUGCUUGGCCAAAAAUUCUGAAAAUCAGCUACAAGCGCCACAAUUUCUACAUCAAAAUACGUCCGGGUGAGUUCGAGCAGUUCGAGUCCACCAUUGGUUUCAAGCUGGCCAAUCAUCGGGCCGCGAAAAAGCUCUGGAAGACCUGCGUGGAACACCACACUUUCUUCAGGCUCAUGUCGCCAGAGGUGAAUCAGCGCAACUCACUAUUUCCUCGCUUGGGCUCUAAGUUUAGAUAUUCCGGUCGAACCCAUUACGAGACCAGAAAAACUCCAAUUGAGCGACCAGCGCCUCAAUUUGAACGAUCCCUCACUGGCAAGCGGCUCACUUCAAGAAGUAUGGAUCCGUUGAGCGGGGUGAUUCCUGAUGAUGAAUACAAUGAAGCGAACAAACGACACACAAUGUCUCAUCCUCCGGAUCAUAUUCCCGACGUGGACAAUCAGACUCCGGCUAAAGUGAAGUCACCGAAGGAACGAAAGGAAAAAGAGAAGCAUGGCCGAAAACUCAGUUGCGGUUCUGUGAGAUCCGGAAGCACCGCGAGCUCUGUGGAAGGAGAAUACGAUGCCGAUAAGUCCCAGAAGAAACCUAUCGGAGGUGUUGCUGUACUGCCGGCCGGAGGUCUGUUUGGCCAGAAGAAAAAGGACAAAGAAGAUCCGAGCAACAACUUGCAGAAUGGCGGAGAUCUGGAUCAGCUCAAUUCCAGCAAUGAGAGCGAGAGCACUCCCAAAGACAAGAGGGCCAAGAGCCCCGGCUUCCUAUUCGGCAACAAGCACAAGGACAAAUCCCCGAAAGAUAAGAAGGAGAAGGAAAAAGUGGCGGAAAAGGCGCAGGAGCCGACCGGCUCGCCGCAGCUCCCUGGCUACACCAAGGAGUAUGACUACGAAGCGGCCGAAAAUCAAGCAAGCCCCAGAAAACCGUACACUCAGGGCUUCAGCUACGAAAAUCAGCGGUCGCCUUCGAGCUCCAGAAGCGAUCCCGAAAGCCAACAAUCGCCGUCCACUAAAAGGGCGACGGCUACCGCCUUUAACUACGCUCCUGGUGAAAUUGAUAAGCUGAAGAAACAGGAUCCCAAGGCGGACAGUGCGGCCUUUAUAGCAGGUGAGCAGUAUGAGAAAGAGCCCAAUGCGCCAGCCAUUGCAGGAGCAGGCAAAACGCGCCCUAUUAAGCUGUUGGUUGUCACUGGGCCAAGAGACCCCAAAACCGGACGCAUUGAUUUAGAGCACGCUUCCUCUGAAGGCACCGUGGGCCAACAGAAUGUUAAUUCCGGCUUGAUUGACUGCAAAUAUGGUCUUAUCGACCCAUCAAACGGCACAGUAAUCAUCACGGAUCCAGUGCAAGGCCAAAAGGAAGUCGUCCAAGGCCACAUCGACCCGGUCACCAAGCAAAUCCUCAUCAUCUCGGGCUCAGUCAUUGAUCCGAAGACGGGCAAAAAAUCCGCAGCCCUGAGCCAGAUCAUAUCUAUCAAUGGCUCUGAUCCGCAAACUAGAAAUGCGCUCAACGGCGUGCCGAAGAAGCGCAUUGUCAAGGUAACUGUCACCACGGCAAAGAAGGACCCGAAGAGUGGGCGGAUUGAGGCCGAAAAGGGGCACGUUGAGACGUUGGACGCGAUUCUCGAUCCCAAGAGCGGGACCAUUGAAACCAAGUACGGCACAAUCGAGCCAGCAAGCAGGAGAAUCACCCACAGGGACCCGAAGAGUGGAAAACUGGAGUCGCGCCCCAUUAAAGUGGAUGACAGCCUCAAUCAGUUCGUGAUUGAAGAGGGAGUGGUUGAUCCUAAGACGAGCAAACCAGACCCAUCUCUGGGGCAAUUGAUCAAGGUGGGCGAUCAUGGGGACUCAGUGGUCCCGGUUACAGCCGUUACAGCCAAGAGAGACCCGCGAAGCGGCCAGCUGGACCCCACGCAGGCCCACAAAGAAACAACGAACGGGAAAAUCGAGGCUAAGAAAGCAGUUUUGGUCACCAAGUACGGCACUGUUGACGCGAAGCGCAGCACCAUCAGCUCCAAAGACCCGAAGAGCGGCAAACUGGAAGAGCAUCCAGUGCAGUUCGAUGCCAACGGCAACGUGAUUGUUCUAUCAGGAGUGGUAGAUCCGAAAUCGGGAUUGCGGGACGACAAUCUUAGUCAGAUUUUGCAAGUGGGCGAAGAGCUGGAUCCGGAAGUGGUGGUGACAUCUGUAGCCGGCAAGGUGGACAAGAAGGGGUUGGACCCCAAAACGCUCACGCCUGCCGAACAAUCAACCGGCCUGUACGAUCCGGCAACAAACAAGGUUUACACGAAAUAUGGCGUUUUCGAUCCCGUGCAGGAAACCUUGACCGUGACCGAUCCAAAAUCCAACAAAACCGAGCUAAAGCAAGGCCAGCGAGAUGCCGCCACUGGCGAAGUGCUGUUCCGAGGCUUACUCAACCCGAAAACCCACAAACUGGACAAUUCCUAUGGCAGGACAUUGAGAAUCGCCCUCAAAGAACCCCAAGCAGACCCCAGUGUGGCGGCGAAACGCCCAAUUCCAGUCGCUCCAGUCAAAAUCCCCCCGAAACCAUCCGCAGUUGUAGCAGCAGUUUCGCCCAAAGACAAGAACAAGGUGAUCAAGCUGUUGGUGAUAACAGCCAAACGAGACCCAAAGUCUGGAUAUUUGGACCUGGAAAACGGCCAUGUGGACCAGUCGGCUGGCAUUCUGCAUCCGUCUGGCGAAAUCGACUCAAAAUAUGGAUUAAUCGAUCCCCGCAAAGGCGCCGUUGUUAUCACCGAUCCGGCAACAGGAAAACAGGAGACCGUCCAAGGGCAAAUCGAUCCAGUUUCCGGCCAAAUCAUCCUGGCCAGUGGGCCGGUGAUUGAUCCGAAAACCGGCAAAAAAGACCCCAAUCUAGGCCAAGUUAUCACAGUGGUUGGAGACUAUGGCACUUCGACGGAGCCCAAAACCCCUGUGAAGUACGCGUUGCCGAGUCAUCCGGUUCCCAAGAAGAGGGUUAUUAAGAUUUUGGUGAUCACCAGCAAAAAGGACCCGAAAACCGGGAAAAUUGACACGGAAAAGGGCACAGUUGAAAAACUGACCGCCACAGUGGAGCCAGUGAGUGGCCUUAUUGAGUCAAAGUAUGGAAAAAUCGACCCGCAGAACUGCAAAGUGGUUCAAAAGGACAAGGCUGGCAAAACUACAGUCACUCCCAUUAAACUGGACGAAAACACCGGGCAAAUCUUCAUCAGCGACAACGUUGUGGACCCGAAAACUGGAAAAGUCGACUCCAAUCUCUCCCAAGUGAUCAACGUUGUCGAUCCGCAACAUCCGGCAGUGGUUAUCACCACUGUGACCGCAAAGAAAGAUGCUGCCGGUAAGAUCGACCUCAACCACUCCAGAACGGAGGUAACCAACGGGAAAAUUAUUCCCGAAACUGGGGAAAUCGUAACCAAGCAGGGCACCGUUAACUUGAAGCUGAUGCGAAUCUACACCCGCGACCCCAAGAGCAACAUCGUGCAAGACAGGCCCAUUAGUGUGGAUAAAGACGAUAACAUCAUUGUUUCAUCCGGAGUGGUGGACCCCAAGACCCAUAAAGCGGACCCCAAUAUGGUGCAGCUGAUCCAGAUUGGCCCUGAGGUCGAUCCGGAGAUCGAGAUCAGGACGUUCGUCGGCAAAGUCGACAGCAAAAAGAACACCAUCGAUUCCAAAAACGCCGUGCCGGAAUCGUCGCCUGGCCUGUACGAUCCGGAUAAAAACAAAAUUUACACGAAGUACGGCCAUCUGGAUCCAGUCAAUGAAACGCUCACCAUCAUUGAUCCGAAGACGGGCAAGUCCGAUACCAGAGUGGGGCACAUUGAGCCCAACACUGGCGAGCUGGUGUUCAAGGGAGGGUUUGUCAAUCCCAAAACAGGAAAGGUCGAUAAAGACCUUGGCCGGGCUGUAUCAGUGCAUAUUACUGAGCCGACCAUUGAUCCAGUUGCCUCUCAGCAACCGUCGGAAAAGGAGCUGCUGCAGCCAGCUGCAGAGCUCAAGCCGAAGUCGCCCCAAAGGCUGAUCACAUCGCAAAGUGUGGGCACCCCCAUCAAGGAGGUGGUGACGGGAGUUUUGCACCCCAUUGCCAAGAACCGCAUUGUGAAGAUCAUGGUGAUCACCGGCAGGAAGGACCCGAAAACUGGCACAGUCGAUACGGAGAAUGGAACGGUGGAACAUCUAACCGGAUACGUUGAUCCCGCCACUGGUUUCAUCGAAACCAAGUAUGGCCAAGUGGAUGCCACUACAGGCUCCCUAAUCUCCAACAAUCCCCUCACGGGCCAAAGGGGAAUAAUUCCCGGAAAAGUGGACGAAUCCACCGAGCAGAUAAUCAUCAAUGGGGGCCCGGUGGUGGACCCCCAAACUGGAAAACCGGACCCCAAUCUAGGACAGGUGUUUUCGGUGGUGGGGCUGAAACAAGCGCAAGAUCCGCGAGCCGCUCCCACUCCCAAGAAGCGCAUGAUCAAAAUCACGGUGAUCACCACGAGGAUCGAUCCGAAAACUGGCAAGGCCGAUCUGGAAAAGGGCCAGAUCGAACAGUCGACUGCUCUUCUCAACCCGGAGACUGGGAUUAUUGAGUCGAAGUAUGGGCUGAUCGAUCCGAAGAAUGGAAAAGUGAUCAUCAAUGAUCAGAAGACUGGGAAAGUCGAUGCCAGACUUGCCCAGAUCAAUGACGCCAAUGGGCAGAUCAUUCUGUCCUCCGGAGUGGUCGAUCCCAAGACCGGGAAAAUCGACAGCGGUCUGGGACAGAUUAUCAGCAUUGCCGGGCAAAAUGAUCCAGUCAUUGAAAUAACCACAAUCACCACCAAGGUGGAUCCGAAGACCGGAAGCAUUGACCUGAACAGCGGGCAAAUCGAGAACAGCAAGGGCAAAAAAGUGUCAGCUACUGGGGAAAUUGAAACGAAAUAUGGCGUGAUCAACUUGAAACUGCUGACGAUCACCAGCACAGACCCUCAAAGUGGUAAAACCGACGUGAGAGCUAUUCAAGUGGACUCUGAGGGAAAUAUUAUUGUCCCCACUGGGGUCAAAGACCCGAAAACCGACUCCGUCAACCCCCAGUUGGUGCAGGUGAUCAGGCUGGGCCCAGAAGUGGAUCCAGAAGUGCAAGUGUUGACUUUCGUGGGCAAAGUCGACCCAAAAAAGAACGUGAUCGACUCUAAAAAUGCUGUAGCUGAGGUCUCAAACGGCCUCUACAACCCGGCCACCAAUAGAAUCGACACCAAGUAUGGGCAAAUCGAUCCAGUGAACGCCACUCUCACUCACAUAGAUCCGAAGAGUGGCAAGCAUGAGGUCAAGCAGGGCGUGGUCGACCCCACAACCGGCCAGAUUCUAUUUAAAGGCAACUACACUAAUCCGAAGACGGGAAAACCGGACCCCAACUACGGAAGACUGGUGGGGAUUUUGAUCACUGACCCCAAAGUGAAUGAGAAAGGGGAGAUAGUGAAGCGCGACUCGAAGUCUGUGAGGAUCGACACCAAAUCCAACCAGAUCUGGGUCUUUGACUAUAAUGAUCCUGUUAGUAGGGAGGAUGUUUACACUAGUGGCAAUGUGGACCCGACCACCGGGUAUGUGACUGCUGUGUACGGUUAUAUUGAUCCGAAAACUGGAAACAUUCAGCGAAUGUCCAAAGUUGAUGAAAACACCGCGAAAGUCGUCCCGGAAACUAGUCAAAUCUUCACCAGGACCAAUCAAGUGGAUGAAACUGGAGCUCCGCUGUACUCGGCCUCUGAAAUUGAUCCAGCUUCUGGACAGAUUUACACCAAGUACGGUAAAAUUGAUCCUCGAACCGGCAAAAUGGUGAUUGUCCGAAUCUACUUGAUCACCCAAAACGACCCGACAGGCAAAGUGAAGGAGAUUGACCCGAAAGACUGUCAAUUCGACGAGAGAACUGGACGAAUCAUCAACGUGACCACUCAGACCGUUUACAUAUACAGUAUGGUCGAUCCGAAGACUGGCAAAAUUGUGCAGGUCGACAGCAACGAUCCUUUAGUGUUGAGUGCGAACACCAAAAUCACUCAAGUCCUCACUCUAUCUGGCGAAAUUGAUCCAGUUACCGGGAAGAUUCACACUGAGUGGGGUCACAUUGAUCCUCAAACUGGCGAUAUCGAUCCAGAGACUGCGCUCAGAGACCCCAUUACAGGGGAACUGAUCCUCAACUAUGCGCAGAUUGAUCCCAGCCACUUCACCGACCUCAAAGACUCGAAGGUGCGCGUCAAAACCUACCUCAAAGACGGCGAGGACGAAUCCAGUGAGGACGAUCUUCACGAGUACGCUUCAGAAAGUCUGAAGGAAUUGCCGAGCCUUAAUUUAUCCAAGGGGGCCAAGGGAGUUGCGGGCAGCGCCUCUACACCGGUCAUUGUUAAAACUACCACUAAGCAGAUUAUCACGAAGGACAAAGACGGCGUCACUCAGAACGUUGAGGAACGCGUUGCUGAUGGACGAACUGGCGAGAUAAAGGUGUCCACCCACGUGAACAAGGCCGAUACGCCACUGACAGAGGAUGGCACCUCGCCCUACAUAACAGCCCGCGCUGUCACCACCCGAACGGCAACAACGCACGAAGACUUGGGCACUAACGCCAAAACGCAGCAGCUCGAGGAGAAGACAGUGGCGCACUCUAUGACCAGCAGCGCCACCAGACAGGAGCAGCGAACGGUCACUCAGGAAGUUAAGACUACUAGUACUGUGGUGGGCGGCGAUCAGCUGGGCAGACGAGACAGCAUUAGCUCGACUAGUUCAGGUGAUUCAGGCACGCCCAUCGACCCCCCAGACGAUCCAAAUCACCCUUAUUAUAACAGCGAGAUCUACAAGGACGAUCUGCCGGGUGGCAUAGUGAAGACCGAAUCGGUGAUGUACAGUGGCGAUCCGACAGUGUUCCGCACCUCCACCACCAGCGUUCCGAUUGUGGCGACUGAGGCUCGAAAAGUGCAAUUAUCUUCCGACGACGGAAACUACACGAAAACGGGCGAAAUCGUCAGCACACAAACGAUCAGUUCGAAAACGAGAACAGUCGAAACUAUUACGUAUAAAACUGAACGCGAUGGAGUGGUUGAAACGAGGGUGGAACAGAAGAUUACCAUCCAAUCGGAUGGGGACCCGAUUGAUCAUGAUCGAGCCCUGGCCGAAGCGAUUCAAGAAGCCACUGCCAUGAAUCCCGAUAUGACGGUGGAAAAAAUCGAAAUCCAGCAACAAGCCGCGCAGCAGCAAUAGAUGGAUAUUUCUUAAGAUGUCCAAGACAAAACGAUUUUUCCGCAGCUUAAAAAAGCGUUUUCUGCAUAAAAAGCUAGCUUUUGUAUAUUAUGAAGAUUUUAAGAGUUUAUUAGUAGUUUUAAGUUUUUAAAGCAGUGGGAUGCACGAUCUCACGUCAUCACAAGCACCAUUAAAUCUCCUUUCCAUAAGCUUUCGAUGUAAGGUCAUACGUUGUUUAACCCAUUUGCAUUGGAGGAGUUUAUCGGUUUUUUAUGUAGACCCGUUUCGAAAACCAGUAAAAUUUGUGUUGUUUAGAACGGGAUUUUAUGUAUUAUUUAUUUAUUUUAUUCAUGUGUAAUUCAGCCAGAGGUGCUUUAAAUAUUUGUCGUAGAUAUUGAAUCUCACAAACGAAGAUAACAGGCAGGUAUGUGUUCAAAAUUUACAUCUCUAACUAUGCAUAAUAAUGGCAAACUAACUACAUUCCAGAUUCUUUCGAUUUAUUGUAUGAACUAAGCUUAACUGACAAACUGUAAGGAAACGUUUGGGACCCGAAAUCCUUCACUUAAGUCCGAUUGAUCGCGACAAUAAGUGUUUUAUGUACCAACACCUAACCUUUGAGAGUACCUAGUUUGAGGUAGUGCUGUGUUCAGAGUGUAGAAUUUAAAAAAAUAGAUAUUUAAGAGAGCAGUGUAUGUAUUUGACACUAAGUCUUUACCCAUGACAUUGAACGUAAUUAAGGGCCCAUUCUUUCGUUUUUUUACUUUCACUAAUGGCGAAAAUUUCACUGAAAACACUUUGGUUCAGGCGACUUUUUCACCGAUAGUGCUCGUCCUCGACAGCAACUUACUACCUUAACUAUUUUAAGAUUAGCUUUUGUGUACUAAUAACUUAAGUAUUUACUCUUUUUAUAUUAUAUACAAUAUUUUCACGGUAUUAUAAUUGCGUUUUCCUGCCACCCAACUAGCCACAGUAUUAAUGUAACGUAAUUAUGUAUAUUUACAAGCAUUGUAAAUAUUUAGAGUGAGUGCAGCUAAUUGGGAGGCAGCAAAACGUUGCUUUUUCAUUUACGCCGGCUAUAUCUAUAUUAUAGUUGUUUCCUUCUAAAGAUUUGUUUUGAAUAAAAUCAUUUAAUAAACGUAUGUUUAAAAUA